UGGGAGGAGAUCAGCGGUCUGGAUGAGAACUACACCCCCAUCCGGACCUACCAGGUGUGCCAGGUGAUGGAGCCCAACCAGAACAACUGGCUGCGGACCAACUGGAUCGAGAAGGGCGACGCUCGCAGGAUUUUUGUGGAGCUGAAGUUCACCCUGAGGGAUUGUAACAGCCUGCCKGGCGUGGUGGGCGCCUGCAAGGAGACCUUCAACCUGUACUACCAGGAGACGGACUCGGAGAUGGGCCGGGGCCUGCGGGAGGACCAGUACGUGAAGAUCGACACCAUCGCCGCAGACGAGAGCUUCACGCAGGGCGACCUGGGCGAGAGGAAGAUGAAGCUGAACACGGAGGUGCGCGUGAUCGACUCGGUSACGCGGCGGGGCUUCUACCUGGCCUUCCAGGACGUGGGGGCCUGCAUCGCCCUGGUCUCCGUCAAAGUCUACUACAAGAGGUGCUGGUCCAUCAUCGAGAACCUGGCCACGUUCCCAGACACCACCACGGGCUCGGAGUUCUCCUCGCUGGUGGAGGUGGAGGGCAUGUGUGUGAGCGACGCCGAGGAGGAGGCCGACAACUCUCCCAAGAUGCACUGCAGCACGGACGGAGAGUGGCUGGUGCCCAUUGGGAAAUGUAUCUGCAAAGCUGGCUUUCACCAGAAAGGAGAYGCUUGUGAACCGUGCGGUCGAGGUUUCUACAAGUCUUCCUCUCAGGACCUGCAGUGCUCUCGCUGUCCUGCACACAGCUUCACUGACAGGGAGGGCUCGUGGCGCUGUGACUGUGAAGACGGCUACUACCGAGCGCUCUCCGACCCACCGUCUGUGGCCUGCACCAGACCGCCGUCAGCACCACAGAACCUGGUAUACAACACCAACCAGACCACGGUGAACCUGGAGUGGAGCCCUCCGGCCGACACAGGGGGUCGUAACGACGUCACCUACAGGGUUGGAUGUAGACGCUGCAGCUGGGAGCCAGAGGAGUGUGUUCCGUGUGGGCCCACUGUGGGCUUUUCUCCGGCCCAGGCGGGCCUGGUGGACACGUAUGUGAACAUCGUGGACCUUCUGGCUCACGCUAACUACACGUUUGAGGUAGAGGCUGUUAACGGAGUGUCAGACCUGAGUCGCACACAGAGACUGUUCGCCGCCGUCAGCAUCGCUACGGGUCAAGCAGCUCCGUCCCAGGUCAGCGAGGUGAUCAAGGAGAAGGUGCAGCAGCGCAGCGUCCAGCUCUCCUGGCAGGAGCCCCAGCAGCCCAACGGAGUCAUCACAGAGUACGAGAUCAAAUACUACGAGAAGGACCAGAAGGACCGGAUCUAUUCUACUGUCAGGUCCAAGUCCACCUCUGCCACAGUGAACAACCUGAAGCCCAGCACAGCCUACAUCUUCCAGAUCCGGGCUUUUACAGAGGCUGGGUUUGGUACCUUUGGACCCCGCCUGGAGAUAACCACCAAGGAAGAGGCGACUGCUGCGAUUGUCUCCAGCGAGCAGAACCCCGUCAUCAUCAUAGCGGUGGUGGCCGUGGCGGGGACCAUCAUUCUGGUCUUCAUGGUGUUCGGCUUCAUCAUUGGGAGAAGGUACGCUCUCGCGGGCCCCAUUGACUCUCCGCUCCUACACUGCGGCUACAGCAAAGCCGAUCAGGAAGGCGAUGAGGAGCUCUACUUCCAGUUUAAAUUUCCAGGCACCAAAACCUACAUCGACCCCGAAACCUACGAGGACCCGAACAGGGCUGUCCAUCAGUUUGCCAAGGAGCUGGACGCCUCGUGCAUUAAAAUCGAGCGCGUUAUUGGAGCAGGAGAGUUUGGGGAGGUGUGCAGCGGGCGGCUGAAGCUGCCGGGGAAGCGGGACGUGUCGGUCGCCAUCAAGACGUUGAAAGUGGGCUACACMGAGAAGCAGAGGCGGGACUUCCUGUGUGAGGCCAGCAUCAUGGGGCAGUUCGACCACCCCAACGUCGUCCAUCUGGAGGGAGUGGUGACCAGAGGGAAACCGGUCAUGAUUGUCAUCGAGUACAUGGAGAACGGCUCAUUAGAUGCUUUCCUCAGGAAGCACGACGGGCAGUUCACAGUCAUCCAGCUGGUGGGCAUGCUGCGGGGCAUCGCGGCAGGGAUGAGGUACCUGGCAGACAUGGGUUACGUCCACAGAGACCUGGCAGCACGCAACAUCCUCGUCAACAGCAACCUGGUGUGUAAAGUGUCCGACUUCGGCCUGUCCAGGGUGAUGGAGGACGACCCCGAGGCCGUCUACACCACGACCGGGGGUAAGAUCCCUGUCCGAUGGACCGCACCUGAAGCCAUCCAGUACCGUAAAUUCACCUCUGCCAGUGAUGUGUGGAGUUAUGGCAUCGUCAUGUGGGAGGUCAUGUCCUACGGGGAGCGGCCUUACUGGGACAUGUCCAAUCAAGAUGUAAGUGAUGCAUCACCAUCAGAGAGAUCAGAGUUUACAUUAUAAUCUGGAUUAUAUUAUUUUCAUUCUAUGAGUAUUAUUGUUGACUGUUCACACAGCUGAGCACAAAGGUCAGGUUGCUGUUCCUCCUGGAAAAAAAACAGCCUUUAACUGUGAGUCUGAACUUUGACUUGAUGACAGAAGAGCUAUAUCGUUUUUUCUGUUGAAAGCUGUAAAAGCUGAAGCUGAGCUGAAGUGAAAACAAGCAUAACAACAGCUAAACGAGUGAAAUACAAGCUGAAAGCUAUGAGCRGCAAAACAGCAGGACAUAAUGAAAUCAUUUCUCAACAUGGGAUGAUCUCUGUGUGAAUGUAUGGCAGCACAGGGGGCGGGUGAUAUGCAUUCCUUCCAGGAUGGAGUAGAGAAGGAAUUCAAACAUGAAGCUGAGUAAAAAUCAAAAAGACGAAUAUCAAACCUGUCUUUAUCCUGUUAGAAGUCCUGGAUGAUCUGAAACAAGUUUGAAUAAAAGAUUUUCCCUCAUUUUGUUUGUCAUCCUGUUUAAUAACGUUUAGUGAAUCACAACUGCCCCAAAUGUCCAGCAGUAAAGUCAUGUCCACCAGGGAUGGAGGACUUAAGUCUCAUUAUGGUUUUCCUGGUCUCGGUCUCAGAAUGUUUUUCCUGGUCUUGGUCUCGUUAUGGUUUUCCUGGUCUCGGUCUCGUUGUGUUUUUCCUGGUCUCGGUCUCGUUGUGUUUUUCCUGGUCUCGGUCUUGUUAUGGUUUUCCUGGUCUUGGUCUUGUUAUAGUUUUCCUGGUCUCGAUCUCGUUGUGGUUUUCCUGUCUCGGUCUCAUUAUGUCUUUCCUGGUCUUGGUCUCAUUAUGGUUUUCCUGGUCUAGGUCUCGUUGUGUUUUUCCUUGUCUUGGUUUCGUUAUGGUUUUCCUGGUCUCGGUCUCGCUGUGGUUUUCCUG